CACGCUUUUUGUCACUUUCCCAUCUCCAAUUUUUCUCUGUUUUUCUCGGCAAAUUAAGAAAUAGUGUGAAUAGUCAACUUGUUUUCUUUUCACAAAGUUUCAAUAUUUUUUUCUCUUCUUAAGACAUGAACUGUCUGUUCUUGUUCAAAUCCAAGAAACCAGAACCGAGAAAUCAACAAAAAGACAGAAUAAAAGCACAGAAGUCAGCUCCAGAACUGAGGAAUCAGAGUGAAACGCGGUCGUUUGAUCUCCACAGGCCGAGAUCUUUUCCUUCUGCUCGAAGUAUCAGAGACUUGGAAACAGAGAGAGAACAGAGUCUUAGGGUUUUCACUUACGAAGAACUCAGUGAAGCCACUUGUGGGUUUAGCAGAAGGCUUAAGAUCGGUCAAGGUGGAUUCGGUAAUGUUUACAAAGGAAAGAUUCCCACUACUGGAGAUUCUGAUCCUCCACUUGUCGUCGCCAUCAAGAAACUCAAUCCACAAGGUUUACAGGGUCAUAAGCAAUGGUUAGCAGAAGUUCAGUUUCUUGGGGUAGUGAAUCAUGAGAACGUUGUGAAGCUAUUAGGUUAUUGCUCAGAAGAUGGGGAGAACGGGAUGGAGAGGCUUUUGGUUUAUGAGUACAUGUCUAAUCGAAGCUUAGAGGAGCAUCUCUUCACGCGUGGAGCACGCACAUUACCAUGGAAACAUAGGCUUGAGAUCAUGCUUGGAGCAGCUGAAGGAUUGGCUUAUUUACAUGAACUUAAGGUGAUAUACCGUGACUUCAAAUCCUCUAAUGUGCUUUUAAAUGAUGAAUUUUGUCCGAAACUAUCGGACUUUGGGCUUGCAAGAGAAGGACCUCAGGGCGACAAUACUCACGUCACAACUGCAAAAGUUGGAACACAGGGCUAUGCAGCUCCUGAAUACGUGCAAACAGGACAUUUACGGUUAAAGAGCGAUGUAUAUAGCUUCGGUGUUGUGCUCUACGAGAUCAUAACGGGAAGGCGAACCGUUGAGCGGAACAAGCCGGUCACUGAACGAAGUCUAGUGGAAUGGGUCAAAGAGUAUCCUGCUGAUAGUCGACGCUUUAGCAUGAUCAUUGACCCGCGGCUACGCAAUAACUAUCCAGCUUCUGGAGCAAAGAGUUUGGCUAAACUGGCUGAUCUUUGUCUUAAAAAGAACGAUAAAGAGCGGCCAACGAUGGAGAUUGUACUGGAAAAAUUAAAGACGAUAAUCGAAGAAACUGAUAGUAAGAAAAGUAGUGAGGUAAGAAGUAAUAGUCGAGGGACAGGACCUGUCAAGGAGAGAGUUUGAGAGGAGUUAGUGUUACAGGAUGGUUUUUGACUUCGGAAUAUUUUUUUUGCAUAGUGAAUAUCUAUACAAAUUAGUUAGUCAAUGCAAAUUAUAUAUGAAGGAAAAUGAAUAGUUGUCGAAUAAAUGGAAAUGGUUUGUUACAAGUUAUAUGUCUCAUCUAACUUCUGUUUCCAUGAACAAAAAAUAUGGUAAGAAUCGCUACACUUUCAAAUGAUGGUUGUAUUGGAAUUUAUUAUGAAUACUUGCGUAGUUACGUUGGUAACAGCUCAUGUGACUACAGCAAAAAAAAACUAUUGCUACUUUCACUCAAUGUAGUAUCAGAACACACACAAAGCUUUGUUUUGCCAAAAUAUAGAAUAAAGAGUAGAAAUGUU